CUUCGUCUUUCCCACAGCAGCGGAAAAAGAAGAAAAGAAAAAUUAUUAUUAUGAGGGAACUUCAACUUCUACUCCGCCAAUGGCACCACCCGUGAUUUCCCGCGGCUCCUAGCCCAGUUUCCAAACUCCUAUUACAAGCUAAAUACCGCAACACACAUAUAUACAAUUAAUCCGCACCAUGAAGUUCUUCUUGGAAUUCGUCUCGUGCUGUGGGUCCCCAGGCUGUUGCUCGCGCCCGGGAGCGGCGGCGGCGGAGGAGGAUGAGACGAAGUGGCUGGAGCCGUCGAGGCCGGCUCGUAGGAACCGGCGGAGGCGGCGGGGGCGGAUGGGCCCCACAGAGGCCGAGCCGGAGUGGAAGCCUUCGCUGUGCGCGAUCUCCGAGGACAGCGCGGUAUUGGUGGUGAUGGAGAAAGAGAAAGCCGCCGAUAGUCGGACGGUGGGAUCUGAGGAGCGUCCGAGGAUUGUCAAUAGGAAGGGUGGGUCCCAUGUCCGGGUUCAAGUCCGUACUAGCUACAGCGACGAUUACGGGCGAGCUCACGUUCCGGCGGUUAUUCCGUCAUUUUCUCCGACUCCAUUCAUGUUCUGAUGGGCGUGUACAGAAUUUUAUCAUUUUUAUGGAUAAUAAACGCUUCAAGGAGUGUGGCUAUUAUGAAUGCUAAAAUGAACUGGUAUCCUCAUAAUUCAUAUCUCCAUGGAAAUGCAUUGGAUUUGGGUCGUCACCUGCAUGAGCUUCCACUGGUGACCGGAGCUCUGAUUUCUGAAGAGGGUGAUGACAGAGCAGUAAAUAAGAGUUUGAGAAAGUGAGUUAAUCCUGCCAACAAAAAUAAUGUCCGUUGGUCUGUACUAGCCUGGUUCUCAUGUUAUUACCGUUUGAAUUUGAAAAAUAGAACAUAGAUUUAAUAUGAUUUGUGAAUUUAACAUAGAUUUAAUAUGAAAUUAACGAAUUAAGAUUGACCCAUA